GGGCGUCCACCAAUGGCAAUGCACGUGAAGGCUCAAAUGCAUUCGGAAGCACCCUCGCCCUCCCCGGAAUGUCGCCCGCGCGUCAUCGGCCACCGCCUUGGUAGGAGCGAUAACGGGCUCCACUAGAAUCGAUGGAUGGCUCUGCGGCUCUAGGGCGCAUUCUGAGCCUGGACUAGUGGGGCACGCCCGUCUGGUCGCCGCUUGCCGUCGCCGGAGCCAAGGUCAUUGUGACCGUGAAGUGACUCAAACGUUAGAUUGCUCGGCAUUGAAAACCAAUCUCGUCUCUGGACUGACACUCCUCUCUCUCUCUACCUCCCCCUCAUACAGUCAAGAUGUGUGGUAUUUUCGCGUGCUACAGACAUCCCGAUGUCCAAAAGUUCAAGCCGACCGCCCUGAAAAUGGGCAAGCAAAUCCGACAUCGGGGCCCGGAUUGGAGCGGCAACCACAUUGCCAACGACACAAUUCUCGUUCACGAGCGUCUCUCCAUUGUCGGUGUUGACUCUGGCGCACAGCCGCUUGUCAACAAGGAGGGAACCGUUUCUCUGGCCGUUAACGGCGAGAUCUACAACCACCGCAUCCUGCGCAAGAGCCUGAAGACGCCCUACGAAUUCAAGACACACUCGGAUUGUGAGGUCAUCAUCCCACUGUACCUCGAACAUGGCAUCGAUGCGCCCAGACACCUCGAUGGUAUGUUCUCGUGGGUUCUCCACGAUAAGAAGAACGACCGACUCAUCGCGGCCCGCGACCCCAUUGGUGUCACCACAUUCUACAUCGGCAGGUCGAGCGAGACCCCCAACGCCGUGUACUUCGCUUCUGAGCUAAAGUGCCUACACCCUGUCUGCGACGACAUCCAGGCCUUCCCCCCGGGCCAUGUCUAUGACUCCAACACCGACAAGCUGACGCGCUACUUCGACCCCAAGUGGCUCGUCGAGCCCACCAACAUCCCCACCAACCCGCUUGACCUGAAGGAGCUUCGCAAGGCGCUGGAGCGAUCAGUGCGCAAGCGCAUGAUGGCCGAGGUGCCAUUCGGUGUGCUUCUGUCUGGUGGUCUUGACUCGAGUCUGGUUGCUGCGAUUGCCCAGCGCGAGACUAUGCGCCUUAACGAGGAGACAAGAAAGCGCGCCGCUGAACACAAGACAGCGACAUCAGACCCUACUGAGCUUGUUGGCAUCGACGCUGACGGUCAGCUCCAGACCGACUUGAUCCUCGGUCAGCUCAACUCGUUCUCCAUCGGUCUGCCCAACGCCCCCGAUGCCAUUGCCGCCCGCGAAGUGGCCGACUUCCUCGGCACAAAGCACCACACAUUCACCUUCACCAUCGAGGAGGGUCUGGACGCCCUCUCAGACGUCAUCUUCCACCUCGAGACGUUUGACGUGACUACGAUCCGCGCCUCGACGCCCAUGUUCCUGCUGUCCCGCAAGAUCAAGGCCAUGGGCAUCAAGAUGGUGCUCUCGGGCGAGGGCUCCGACGAGAUCUUCGGCGGCUACCUGUACUUCCACAACGCGCCCGACAAGGCGGCGUUCCACGAGGAGUGCGUGCGUCGCGUCAAGAACCUGCACUUGGCCGACUGCCUGCGCGCCAACAAGUCAACGUCGGCGUGGGGCGUCGAGGCGCGCGUGCCGUUCCUCGACCGCGAGUUCCUCGAGACAUCGAUGAACAUCGACCCGGAGGAGAAGCUCAUCACGUCGUCGCGCAUCGAAAAGUACAUUCUGCGCAAGGCCUUCGACACGUCGGACGAGCCCGACGCGCCGGCGUACCUGCCGGAGAAGAUCCUGUGGCGCCAGAAGGAGCAGUUCUCCGACGGCGUGGGGUACGGGUGGAUCGACGCGCUCAAGGACACGGCGGCGGCGCAGGUCUCGGACGAGCAGCUCGCCAACCCCAAGCCCGAGUGGGGCGCCGACGUGCCCGAUACCAAGGAGGCGUACUGGUACCGCUGCAUGUUCGACGAGCACUUCCCGCAGACGUGCGCGAGCACCGUCAUGCGCUGGACCCCGACGUGGAGCAACCAGACGGAUCCGUCUGGCCGUGCCAUUGGUGUCCACGAGCAGAAGUACAAGAACGCCGAGUAAGGUGUGUGGCGUGCGAGACUCGUCGGCUUCGCUCUACGACUGCGAUGCGAUGUCUUGGUCCGGGUGUUGGCGCUUACAUAUUGCUAGACGGCGCUUUUCGGAUGGAGACAAAUCUACUGGGCUAUUACACGAUAUCACAUGAUAGAAUAAAAGCAAGACUAGACCGACUUUAUCUGUUGUGUGCUGUGGUGUUGAGCGGUGAGUUUCGUACACACCAUGUCUGAUAGCGAGGAGUCAUGCUCAUCCGAGCCUGGCCGAGAACACCGACAUACUGUCACGCACUUCGUAUUGAAUAGUCGGGUAU